GGGAUGUUCGAAGGCGGCGGGGACGGGGCGGCGGCGUCCUCGUCGGCCGUCCUGCGGUCGUUGUGUCAGGAGCUGAACCUGGACGAGGGCAGCGCCGCCGAAGCGCUGGGGAACUUCACCGCCAUCCGCCAGACCUACAGCCUGGAGGGGGACGUCGUCCACUGGCUGGCCUGCGCUUUAUACGUAGCGUGUCGCAAAAGCCUCCUGCCCACGGUGGGGAAGGGCGUCGUGGAAGGGAACUGCGUGUCGCUCACCAGGAUCCUCCGCUCCGUCAAACUCAGUCUGAUUCAGUUUUUUAAUAAAAUGAAGACGUGGAUGGACAUGACCGACCUGCCUGGGGAGUUCCGCGAACGCAUGGGCAGGCUGGAGAGGAACUUCGAGGUGUCCACGGUGAUUUUCAGGAAAUUCGAGCCCGUCUUUCUGGACGUCUUCCGGAGCCCGUACGAGGAACCCCUCAGGGCGCCGAGAAGCAGGAAACAGAGACAGAUCCCCUGCGGUGUCAGAGAUCUCUUCAAUUUCUGCUGGACUCUCUUUGCGUACACCAGAGGCAACUUCCACACGAUCGGGGACGACUUGGUCAACUCCUACCAUUUACUUCUCUGCUGCCUGGAUCUGACCUACGCCCUCGCCGUCUCGUGCCCCAACAGGCAAGAUCUGCUCAACCCCUCGUUCCAAGGCCUGCCCCCCGACUUCGGCAGCGCGGAGUUCCGGGCCCCCGCCAGGGCCCCCUGCAUCAUCGCCGCCCUCUGCGCCCUCCACGACGGGCUUCUGGUCGAGGCGAAGGGCAUCAAGGAGUACUACUUCAAGCCGUACGUGGCCAGGCUCGCCCACAGGAAGAUUCUGAAAGGCGUCUGCGUCCCGGACCCCUCCGGCUUCGCCGAGAACAGCAGGGCGAUCAACAAGGCGUACGAGGAGUACGUGCUCACCGUCGGCGAUUUCGACGAGAGGGUUUUCCUGGGCGCCGCCGCCGAGGAGGAGAUCGGAACGCCGGCUAGGCCGCCCCGGGAGCCGCCCGGGGCCGGGCCGGGCGCCGGGGCCCGGGGGGAGUGUCGCUUCCGGCAGCAUUUCGAGAAGGUGAUAAUAAUAAUAAUAAUAAUAAUGAUGAUAACGGAAAGUACAGUUCGGCAACAGAGAGGGACGGUCCCGUCCCAGCGACGGGCUCCCGGUCUAGUAAACCGAACAAGUAGCCAGGCGGUCUCCGCGCCCUCUCCCCCGACCCUCCUUUCGGGCGGCGGCGGCGACCCCGGGACCCGGAGACGGGCGGGUUCCCGGGCCCGCGUCCGCUUCUUUGCAGGGAUCACCGCCGCCGCCGGAGGGAUCACCCUGAUACCCAUCUCCGGGAACCCGCGGCCCAAGGCGGGCGGCCCGGCCCCGCUCACGGCCCAGGCGUUGGCGGGCGCGUCCCCGAAGCGCGCCCGGGCCACCGAGCCUCCGGAAGCGGGAGGAGGAGGAGGAGGCAGGCCGAGGAGAACGGGGUCUCUGGCCCUGUUCUUCAGGAAGGUGUACCGCCCGGCCGGCGUCCGCCUGCGGGACCUGUGCCCGAAGCCGGACGUGUCCGGCGACCUGCGGCGGAAGAUCUGGACCCGCUUCGAGUUCACGCUGGUUCACUGCACCGAUCUCCUGCGGGACCGCCACCUGGAUCAGCUCCUGCUCUGCGCCUUUUACAUCGUGGGCAAGGUGACGAGAGAAGAAAGGACCUUUCAGGACAUCGUGAAGAACUACCGGAGCCAACCCCAAGCCGACAGCCACGUCUACCGGAGCGUCCUGCUGACGGCCGGGCCCGGAGGAGCCCCCGCCGGCGACGGAAGCGCCGGUCAGGACGUGGAAAUGGCCGACUGCGGUAACAACGACCGUAAUAACGCCGCUGUCCGAGCGCUGGCCACCGUACCGAGCGCUGGGGUGGAUGCGGGCAAACCGGGUCGGACCCCGUCCCCCGUCUCUAGCGGCGAGAGCCCCGGCCCGGGAGUCGGAAGGACCGUUCGCUCGUUCGAUGGCGUUCGUGGAGCGCUUGCUGUGUGCAGAGCAGUAACCGAGGCCCGCGCUCCCAGAGCAGACGGGUGGCGGCAUCGGAACCCGGGUCCCGGCGACGCCCGGGCCCCGGCCAGCGGGCCGCUCGCGAAAGCGGCCGAAUUCCCUCCCCCCGCAGGAACGGAGGCCCCGGGUCCCCCGGCCCCGGGCGGGGCCCCGGCUUCUCCCGCUCGGCCGGAGAAGGAGGAGAGAGGGGACAUAAUCCAGUUUUACAAUGCCGUCUUCGUCAAGAGAGUGAAAUCCUUUGCCCUGAAGUACGGGUCGUCGCAGCGGGAUCCCUCGGCGGAGGCCCCGUCCCCGUCGCCCUUCCCGACGGCCAGGCGGCGGCGGGCUCCGCGGCGGGCGUCCCCGCGGAGGGUCUCCCAGCGGCACCCGGUGUACGUGUCCCCCCACAAGAACGGGGCCUGCCUCACCCCCGGGACCGCCCUGACGUACCAGUUCCACGGGAGCCCAUCCGAGGUAGGGACGCCCACCCCGGGGGGGGCGGGGCGGGGCCGGUCCCGGGGGUCUUCCGGCGGCGGGGACCCGAGCCCCCCUGCCGGCUCCGUUCCCCGCCCGCUCUGUGACCUCGGCGAGUCAGUGACGGCCGGCGGAGGAGCAGGAGGCGGGCGCUCGCCCGCCGAACGCCGCUGCCGGGAGAACGACGCCGUGCUGCUCAGACGGCUGCGGGACGCGGUCGGCGGACGCGCCGACCGCUGA